AGCAGCCAGAUUUUAAUAGUCACAAGCCCAAUUGGGGCGCUUUUCUCAAUCUCAAAGGGCUAUAAAUGAGCAAGUCUGUGUCCGUUGAAAUUACUCGUAAACUUGAAAUAAGCGAGGUGAUAAAAAAAUAGAGAAAGGGACCUGUAUGAAAUUUAUGCCCAGGGAGAUCCGUCGAUCGUAAUGGCAGUUGCGCGCUGCGCGCGCGAAAGUUUUUGUAUCUGUCAGAUCCUCCGAGCAAGGAGUAGCACCUUCUGGGCGCGACAGAGCACACGAGCAGUGCUUUGUGGCUCUCGAAUGGGGCUCCCAGCUCGACCCUUUCCGUUCAGAAGGAUUUCCGGAACCCAAAGUGCAGCGGCGACCCCCCCCCUGGAACCCGGCUGCGCGCCGCCGCGCAGAAGGAACCCAACAAGCGAGUCGCCAUUUUUAAGCCUUUGCUUCCUCUUCGUUUCAUCAGUUGGGUUCCUGCUGCGCGCAGCAGGGUUCCAGGGGGGGCCGUCGCGGCACUUUGAGAUCCCGGGAUCGUUUUGAAAGGAAAGGGCCAAUCUGGUACUAAGAGAGCCAUCUCAUACGACCCAGAGCUGAAGGAAGCCCAGCCUUCCCUCUAGUCGGUUUCUGGGCGCGCGCAGCGGGCGCGGAAGUUUUUAUUCGUGGCUUGUGGUUUCCAGGAAGGUAGAAUCCGACUGCGCGGCUUCCAACAUCCUGGGAAGCUGGAGAUCGGCUGCGCGGCGCGGGUCCGCUUCUUUAUGGAUUUGGCUACUCGCUUAUUUCAGUUUUUCGAGUACGCCGAGUGUGCAGGAGAAACAGGGCUAAAAAGAAAAUGACUAGUUUACUAGAACAGACCCUAAAUGACUUUGUAGGAUACGUAAAACAAAACAACGAGUCUGCGGAAAUGAAAUGAAUGGAGUAGAUGAGAAUAUGUAAAGAAAGAGAUGAUCUGAAGAAGAACGUCAAGAACAAGUUGAUUUUGAUAUUGGUGUGAAGAAAAGUAGAUCAAGAAACAUGUUGAGCAGACGAGUUCUUGCGAGGUGGAGCUGGUCGUUGCACUCAUGCUUUUUCGUUGCGGGCAGUGCGGUGAUCCUCCCGAUUCCGUGGAGUGCGGUUGACGAUGAAGGAGAGGAGGCUCCGUAUGAGGGAAUUACAAUGGCACUCACGAGUGUAUGGCUAAAUAUCAUUAGUUUAUAUGUGUCUAUUAUCAAAUUUUUAGUGCGGCAGCGGAUCGCUGUUCUCGAUAUUUGCAGUAGAUGAAUAGUGUGUAACGGUGUCAUGGGGGUCGACCACAGGUGAGAAAUGGAAGAAUAGUAGGAGAGUCGUGAAUAGCUAUAGCAAUAGAACCGGAGAAAAAAUUAGAAGAAAGCAAAGUAACCUAGUGUCGCAACACGGAAACGUUAUUACAACUCUCUACGAACUCGCUUCUUCAUUUCUUUUCCUUCGAGCUUCAGAUGGUGACGUUGAUCUGCGUAAGGGGGAUUAUCCGUCACUUUUUGUGGAGAGGGAACCAGUGCAAGAGGGCGGAGGAUUCGUUGCAAUUCCUGGAUCGCCGUCUUGCUCAGCCCGACAUGAAAGUGCUGUAGUAAAUUCAGCUCACUGGGAGAGAUCGCGGCCGCAUGCAGUUAUGUUAAAAAGUUUUCAGCCUUAGAUCUUGGCUGUCAAAAGUUACGCGAUGGGCAUACGAGGGGAUGGAAGUAGCGACGGAAUCUAUGUAUGGACCGGAAAAACUGGGCCCCCUGUAUUAUUAGAGUCCCGGUUUUUUUUCCCCUUUCUUCAGCGGAUCGGGGCCGCAGAUAUCCCGGGCCCUUGUUCUCCCGCGGAGUCCCUCAGUAUUAUUCUGGUUAUGUUGUCCCUGGAAAUACUGGGGACAACUUGGCCCCGGGAAAAACUCGGGCUGCGGUAUCAGAAGGGGCCCGGAAAAUAGGGGGCGUGGCCUUGGCCUCUCUUGUAGGCUGCUCCGUCCGCUUCACUGCCAGCGCAGCGCCCCGGUGGCCUGUGCUAUGCGCGCCCGGACCCGGUAGGGCGCCGCGCGCGCUUGGCCGUGCUGUGUGCUGACAGGAUUGCCACCAAGCUGCGGCCGGUCCCUCAGGCUUGGCGCAUCCUACUGCGUGUUCCGUUUCUUUAUGUUCUCCCGCUGUUCGUUGCCGCAGUACCUCGCACGCGCCAGACCGCGCUGCCUCCUUCUGGAUCCCCCCGCUCCGCCCCCAUGCAUGUAUGUUUUUACUGGCGGAUCCCUUUAGAACAACCUAGUUUUGAUUGUGCCAGCAUGCAAUCACCUGUGAGUUCUAAGGCUCCUUCAAUGGGAGAGCGAUCAUGGCGGCAGUGGACCUUUGCUCCAACUGUUUGUGUGAACCAUCUCCGAAUGAUAGACGUUUUCGCACACCUUUUGGAAUCCUUCUCACCUAGGACAGUGAAAAUCGCGCCGAAGUCUUUGGAAUGUCCUAGCGCCGAAGACGUGGCUGAGUGGCUUCGGAGAAACCUCGUAGGGACACGUAGCCCUCAACCUCUGAUCGUCGACAAGUCGCACUGCCGUAAAAGAAACGCUGAAAGCGAUGGGGAGGAAUCAGGACAAAGACCAGCCGUGGCGGAGAUGAACGAAGGGAGUGACCCGUUGGAAGUUGACGGAAGUGAUGAAAGCGUAAAAAGACGGGAACUUGAGUGUGAGACCUUGAGCCGAAGUGCACCGCGAAAGGAUCAUCACCAAGAAUACGAUCCAGUUAUCGGAAUCGUGCCAUCAGUGAUUCUUGGCCAGCAAACAUCUGCAGAACGUCUUGAUCGAUUUGUCAAGGUUCAACAGCCAGCGUCUCUGCUAAAAGAUGGAUCACCGAACGCAUGUUCAACGGCAGGUGCUGCAGAGACGGCGGCAAUUUUGGCAACAAGGGCAGAGGUGCGUUCGCCUUCAAGAAGGAGCUCACCAAGGAAAGCAGUCGCACCCGGUUUGCUGGAAGUAGACAUGACUUGCUUGGCAGCAAGAGACGUGACAUCUGGCAGUACGCUUUUCCGCUCUGUGGACAUCUGCUUUCGCGAUGGAGGAGUUGUGCGGGCCAGCGUUCACCUCGAUGUAGAUGCAAAUGCCGACGGGCCGCGACUAUGGACGAAUCUCGUGGAGCAUGAUCAAGACAACAGCCCGCUGAAAUAGGCACUUUUCGUCGCCAUGGAUUCCUCACUCGCGAAUUCAAACUUUCGCGGAUGCAGCACCAAGUGAAAGUGCAAGGGGACCUAUGAUACGGUGAAAAAGUCCAGUGACAAGAAUUUAAAGUGGGCUACAUCACUGGAUAGGUGAAGCAAUAUGCGAGCAUCGAUUUUUCUAAAUUUUUCGGAGGCACAUGCGGAUGAGGCCAUUUGAAAAUGGAUUUGUUUGUAAAAAGAACGCGAGCGUAUAAUCUAACAUCACAACGUGCACGCUUGUAUGGAUCUGGUCAUGAGGCCGAGAAAAUCUUUGAAGUCAUACAUUUUGCACGAGUGCGCAGGCGAAUGUAACCGUUCGUGGUUUUAUCGCUUUCUUGCUCAACUGGCUGCGCAACAUCAAAAUCAUUCUAGAGCAAGGCUGUUUUGAGCGCACUUCGUAGGUGCUUGAAAGGACCGAGACUGUUGUUAUGGAGACACGAAAUGCAAUAGCAGAG